AUGGCCAAAAACACAUCCCUAUAUUUCCGUAUUGUAGAGGGCAGGAGCCUACCAGCCAAAGACGUCUCUGGGACCAGUGACCCAUAUUGCAUUGUAAAAGUGGACAAUGAAGUUGUGGCCAGGACAGCCACAGUGUGGAAGAAUCUUAACCCUUUCUGGGGAGAAGAAUACACACUGCACCUCCCAACGGGGUUCCACUCGCUCUCCUUCUACGUCAUGGAUGAGGACACCAUUGGCCAUGAUGACGUCAUUGGAAAGAUAUUGCUGAGCAAAGACGCCAUCGGGGCCCAGGCUAAAGGGUUGGAUAACUGGCUGAAUCUAACCCGGGUGGACCCAGAUGAGGAAGUGCAGGGGGAGAUCCACCUGCGUCUGGAGCUUCUCAGAGAUGCCAAGAGGAUAGGACUGCGCUGCCAUUUCAUAGAGGCCAGAGACCUGGCGCCAAGAGACAUCUCUGGAACCUCUGACCCCUUUGCCAGAAUCCUCUUCAAUAACCACAGUGCAGAAACUUCGAUCAUUAAGAAGACUUGUUAUCCACACUGGAGUGAGACCCUGGAGCUGGAGCUGGAGACCUGGGAGCUGACUGAGGGAGGGAAUGUCACAGUGGAAGUCUGGGACUGGGACAUGGUGGGCAAGAAUGACUUCCUGGGAAAGGUGGAAAUCCCUUUUGCUUGCCUGCACAAGACACCUGUGUUGCAGGGUUGGUUUCGUCUGCUGCCCCUGGGAAACCAUGAGGAUGAUGCAGGAGGUAAGCUGGGUGCGCUGCGUCUUAAGGUGCGUCUGGUGGAGGACCGUAUCCUGCCCUCCAUGUACUACCAGCCUCUCAUUGACCUGCUGGUGGAGUCAGUCAUCUCUCCUGCUGAGGUGGAGGACAGCAGCCCUCUGACCAUGCUGGAGGAGGUGACCACGGUUGAGAGCCGGCAGGAUGUGGCCAUGACCCUGGUCAAGAUCUACCUGGGCCAGGGCCUGGUGGUGCCCUUUCUGGACUACCUCAGCACCCGUGAGGUCAACCACACUUCGGAUCCAAACACCUUGUUCCGGUCGAACUCUUUAGCUUCUAAAGCCAUGGAGCAGUUCAUGAAGGCUGUGGGGAUGCUGUACCUUCAUGAGGUCCUGAAGCCCAUCAUUAACCGCAUCUUUGAGGAGAAGAAGUACAUUGAGCUGGACCCGUGUAAAAUUGACCUGAACAGAACCAGGCGUAUCUCAUUUAAAGGUGCGGCGUCUGAGGCUGAGGUGAGGGAGAGCAGUGUGGAGAUGCUGCAGGGCUAUCUGUCCAGCGUCGUCGAGUCCAUUGUGGGGUCAGUUGCCCAGUGCCCUCCCGUGAUGAGGGUGGCCUUUAAACAGCUGCACAAGAGGGUGGAAGAGCAGUUCCCUGAGCCAGAGAACGAGGAUGUGAAGUAUCUGGCCAUCAGUGGAUUCUUCUUUCUGCGUUUCUUUGCCCCUGCUAUCCUCACACCCAAGCUAUUCCACUUGAGGGACCAGCAUGCAGAUACACGCACCAGCAGGACACUGUUACUGCUUGCCAAGGCAGUGCAGAGUGUGGGGAAUCUGGGCUUGCAGCUGGGCCACGGCAAGGAGCUGUGGAUGGAGCCCCUGCAUCCCAUCAUCCUUUGCAGUGUGGCCUCUGUUAAAGACUUCCUGGACAAGCUCAUCGACAUAGAACAAGAUAGUGUGUCUGAGGUGCCCCAGAGGGCUGUGUUCCUGCCCUCAGUGACAGUGAAGGAGGGCUAUCUCCAGAAGCACAAGGCCGAGGGCCCCCAGCUCCUGUCCCGCUUUGCCUUCAAGAAGCGAUACUUCUGGCUGAGCAGUGAGACCCUGUCGUACGCCAAGACUCUGGACCUCUGGCAGGUUCGUUCCUCCAUCCCCAUCCAGUGUGUGUGUGUCGUGGAGAGAGUGGAUGAGAAUGCCUUCCAACAGCAGCAUGUGAUGCAGGUCGUCGCCCAGGACAACGAUGGACAGAUCCACACCAUCUAUAUCCAGUGCAAGAAUGUGAAUGAGUUGAACCAGUGGCUGUCAGCCAUCAGGAAGGCCAGUAUCUACAACGAGCGCAUGCUGCCCUCCUUCCACCCGGGGGCGUAUCGCAGUGGGAAGUGGACAUGCUGCCUACAGGCCAACCGCGCUACUUUAGGUUGCAGUCGCACUCACUCUGCAGUGACUCUGGGUGACUGGAGUGACCCACUGGAUCCAGACGUAGAGACUCAGACCAUCUACAAACAGCUUCUUCAGGGAAGAGACAAACUCAGGAAGCAGUAUUUGGAGGCUGAGACGACCCCAGAGGAAGAGAAGAGACUGAACUCUGGGCUGCUGACUGAUGGAGCAGACAGUAGUGGGCAGCUCCUGAAGCACAGGCAGGCUGCAGCGGCUCGGCUGCUGGGGGUGGUUCUGGAUCUGGAGCAGGCCCAUGCCACCUUCCAGCAGAGGGAAAGAGAGGAGGGAGGCAGCCUCAUCCUGACCCCCUAG